AGACAGGAAGAGCAGUGUAAAAAGAAAAAGUUUAAAUAAUUUCAAGAUGAGCAAGGAGCAUGUCACGCUGGGUGUCCAAAGAGAAUCGCUUCUAAACAACCCUCUUCUACAAAAGGUAAAUAAAUGUCUUGAAUUUUUCUAAACAAUAACAAAUUUCCCCUUAUAAAUCAGAAGGUAUUUUUUGGUGAGAUUUGACCACCGUAACAUUACUAUAGCCCACGCCCCCUUCUACCAAGAUGAAUUUCCUCUAAUGGGCAGUAAAGGGGGAUUGCAUGACCAGGGUUUUGACAGGAGCCGGUUUAGCCUGCACAUGCGACUGAGUGUCAAGCCUUAGGUUAAGUGGUAAACGCUGAGGGCAUAAAGGUCGGUACACACUAGGUGACAAGUUGCAGUGACAGAUCAUUCCAUGUGUACAGGUCCGGCGACUAGUUGCAGCAACAUGUUAUGGCAAUACAUCAGAGCAACAACUUGCUUUGAGUGUACUGGAGAAGAAUUUUUGUGAAAAUCUUUGUCUCUGCAACAGAAUUAUGUUGCUGCAACAAGUCACACAAAUUCUGUCUGAUUUGAUUUUUUGCAACACGUUGCUGCAACAAAAUUCUCCAGUACACAAGAAGCGAUUUAUCGCCGCAAUGUGUCAUCGCGACAUGUUGCUCAACUUGUCACCUCGUGUGUAGCGACCUUAAAACCUUGACCCUGUUUAUUUUUCACUUGCAGUAGUUUUAGGUUUCUCAUUUGAAUUCUAAUUUUUGAUUCUUUCUAGUCUGAACUUGGAAGACCACUUAGACGCUGUUUUACCCUACCCCAUGAUGGCUUCACCUAUGGAAAGGCAAAUGAAGGAAAAGACAGCGGUGCUGCUGAUGGUAAGAUUGAACAAUUUUUCCUGAACUGGGAAGGAUCUCUCUGGCCCCUUCCCUAAAUUCUGUCAUUCACUAUUUGCAAAUCUCCCUCAAAACACCUUGUUUGCCCCACCCCAUCGCCCCCAAAAAAGAAGUGCAGAAGCAUUGUCGUUGAUUUACCUUGGGACAACUUAAUACCCAAAGAAAAUUGAAAACAAAUGUAGUGCAAACACUAACAGUAGAAAAGGAGAUAUUAGGGAGCUUAAGCAAAGACCUUUUGGAGCAAUGCUCGUCAAACGGAAGUGAGGCCUUCUUCCUUUUUAUAUGCCUUAAUGAUGGCAAAUUUGUAUUGCUAAGUUUCUUUUCUCUUACAAUGACGAUUUACCCAAGAGUUUCAACCAAACCACUACCCAAUGACACAAAAAGUCCACGUCCAUCCUUCCUAUUGAUAUUUUGUAAGCCACUGCAGUUGAUCCCUGGUGUUAAUUUUUUUUUAAGCUUAGUGAUCAUGGCAUGAUGUAUGCUUUUCAAUUUCAGCCCUUGUAUGGAGAUCAGCUCCUCCAGCUCAAUUACUGUAUCUCAAAGAGAAAAAAGCUCCAAGAGACUUUAUUGGUUUAAAUAAGGCAGCUGUGCAAGCAGGGCUUACAACAGCGCAAGAACAUUUCCAGUACCGUGCAACUCAUGAUAUGAGAAGAAAAGACUCCGGAAAUGAGAAAACAUCACUCAAAGUUAAAAGAAUUCCACCAACAAUGGUGUUUGGAAUUCCAACAAAGUAAGUACAUCUACUUCUAAUCAUCUCAGGUGCCUUAUUAGAUCCCAUUUAUCACUACAACUGCAUUUAAAUCAUUUAGAAAAUUUAUCACUCAGGGUUACAGUACAUUAAAGUGCCAGAAAAUCUAGUCCAUUUUGUUGCAUGACUUUGUUGCUUAAUCUUGUGACUUCUUCACACGAAAAAGUCAACUUUUGGGCAAGUGUAGGAAUGUGCUGAAAUUAAUACCAAGGUCUUUACUGAUAAAAAAUCACCUGUUUUUCCAUCUAGACCUUCUACACCAGUUUAUAACCUUCUGGGACAUAAAUACCAGGACCUAUGGUUAGAGGAGAGACGUAAGGCAGAGGAAGCUACGAGGGCCAGACAGGAGCAAAAGGUAUUCUUAAAAAUAAUAUUACCAAUAAUGUACAUUGUAGUACUGCACUGCUAGUAUCAUACUGCUCAUCUCCCCGUGGUGGUAAACAUGUUAUUUUAGAACUGUAAUACAGAUGUAAUUCCUCUUUUUGAUUUAAAAAGCAAAAUUCCUGUAACUUAUUUUACCCACAGAGACAUGUUGAUAAGACCAUCUAUGAGACAAGGACUUCACGACUCAGAAAAUUUCAACCUCCAGUUGAUUCUGCACCACUGUGGCACAUGCCCAAGUUUGAAAAGGUAUUACAUUGUUACCAAAAUAAUAUUACUUUUGUAAAGUUAUAGCGGAAAAACUAGUAGUGCUUAUUGCAUAUAAUAACAGUUAUUGCUUUUAGAGUUUUUUAGUUUUAGUAGGAGACAAUUUUAUUAUAGAGGUCUUUUUAAGCUUAAAUUCAGCCUUUCUGUUACCUUUUAGUUAGCCUUGAAUAGCCCAGCAUAAUAUUUAUAAUAAUAACUAUUAUAUAUCCCAUUCAAGCGGAAGUAGUGGUUAGAGAGGAACAAUAAUAGAGUUAGCUCCACAGGGAUAGAAAAGAGUCCCAUCAGGUCAUCUGGGACAAGUAGUUUUUCUUGCUGGGGAAGUAGCUGUUAAUUUAAAAUCACUUGCCUGAUGUUCCAGGCAAGUCAUCCUCAACUAAAUCAAAAUUGCUGAAACAAGCAAGUGUAGGUGCCCUGGGUAAGCAAAACAUGAGAGAUGCUCGCCCAAGGGACUAGCUACAUGAACAACUCAAGUUUUUUUUAGCGCUGCUCCCGAUGUGUAGACCACAGAUGAAAUUCCUCCUUACAAGUGUAUAUAUCAGGCUACCAGGCUCUAAAUUAAUGCUGCUGUAAUUUUUCUUCACAGGUCCCUGCUUAUCUCAGCACAUUCAGAUCUGACAAAGCAAAAGACGCUGCCUUUAAACAUCACGCCACAGACAGUACUUCACGGCAAGGAGCCUUUGGUCAUGGAAUAUAUGAACCUGCAAAAAGCUAAAUAUGCUAAAGACUGACAUAAUGUUUUCAAGUUAAGAGUGUAAAAAAAGAAAGUUUACUUAUACAUUGCAAUUAUUUCUUCACAAUUAGAUUAAUUUUGUUCCUCUAACAUAAUGGUUUUUUUGGCACAUUUAUUUUUUGCUUUGCAUCUCCUAUCAACACUCAAAAUAUAAUACAGCCUAACUCGUUUUAAUCUGUUUAUUGCACUUGUUCAUUUUAGAGUGCAGCAAUCCAUAAUGGUAAACCUGCUAAUUUGAUUGUAAACAGUAUACUGAGCAACAACAAACAGAUGUGGAAGAGGCUGCUUUCAGAACUAUUAAAAUAUCCAACUAUAUUUUUUUUCAGAUCUUCACUACUCAGUUACAGCCAGCUGUAAUGAUUUAAUUUAAACCCAAAUCUUUAUUCAGAAACCUGUCAAACAAGUGUAAAUAAUAAUAUAACUUAGUGAAUG